AUGUCGGCAUUAGCGGAGAAAAUCGGGACCAAGCUUCUAGUAAAGUUUGCCUGUGGCAUUGCAUCAGCUGCCGGAGAGAAGGCCUUUGAGAAAGGCUUCGAGGAGUUCUUUGGCAGCGAUGAGAAGGAACUCGAAAACACCAUCAAGGCCGAGAUCGCAGAUGUCAAGAAGGAACUCAAAGAAGUCAUCGAUCAAGUCCGCGACGUCAAGAAGUCUAUCGACAAUCUUUCCAGUCAAUUGGCCGACAGCAUCCUGCAGCUUCGAAGUGACUCCUUGAAGGGUCACUUAACAAAGAUCAACAGUCUAUACAACAGCAUUAUUGACAUUUUCGAGACUGUUGUGCGUGACUCUGAGAUUGCGGAUCUUGAGAAACGCCAGCUGAGAAUGCGUGAGCUACAAAAGCGAAUGGACAAUCGACUCAAGGAGGUUGCCAAGAACGUCCCUGAGAGUCUGGAACAUAUCAAUAGCUUUCUCGGCGAGGAGGGAAACAGUUCAUUCCUGAAGCAACUCGCUCAGCGUGCGUUUGACAACUCAGACGAAUUCCAAAUUUUCUACCUCCGAUGUAGAGCUUUAGUCUACAGCUACUGGGCAGUGGUCGGUCGAGGUAUUGAGCUUCUGGAAAUGGCGACAAGAGCCCCCAAAGUCCACUUCUCUGAGGGAGAGAAGACUACCGCCCGUCAUCUUGGAUACCUAGAGAAGCAGCAAGAGCUUUUCGAGGCAUCAGUUGGCAAGGCUACUAUCGACCUUUAUAACAGUCUGAUGAAACUUGAGGGGGAGGUGAAGUUGCCAGUCUGGCUUGCGACUAGCUCUGGUUCGGGAAUCGGAAUAUCCGGAUACGUCGCAAACUUUACCGUCCACGACAUAGGCUGGGCAAAUGCGCCCUGGCAGAAGUGGUACCUGAUACCUGUAUCUGGCAGGAAGUCACUUGAACCAUCCAAUGGAUCUGCUUAUUGGCUGCAAGAGAUUGAAAGAACCGAUUACUUGGCCAGUUUGACAAUACGUGAUGGCCCAAGGACUCUCAGGUACGCCACUAAAGGACGUAGGCUCCGUGACGCUCAGUGGAACUGGUUUAUCAAGCCUUCAGCACCAGGUUCUGACAGGUUUACUAUCAGGCAGGAGGAAUCUCCCGGCUGGGUUAUCUCUGUGGGUGAGGGGAGUCAGAACUUGGAUAUGUGUUAUACCUUGCCUAGCCCACAUGCUGAGGGGUUUCAAAUUUCACCUUUGAGAGAUAACUAA